UCCGGCGGCUGGGGGCCGGCGAGCGGGGGGGCCCCGUCCCGGAGGCGGCGGCGGCGCCAUCUUGGCGAAGGGGGGAUCAGGAAGUGCGGACCGCGGCGGCGGCGGCGGCGGCGGCGGCGGCGGCGGAGCCCGAGCGGAGGCCGGAGGCUCCCGGCCCGCCGGCCCCGGAGCGGAGCGGAGCGGAGGAUGCAGCAGCCGCAGCCGCAGGGGCAGCAGCAGCCGGGGCCGGGGCAGCAGCUGGGGGGCCAGGGGGCGGCGCCGGGGGCCGGGGGCGGCCCGGGGGGGGGCCCGGGGCCGGGGCCCUGCCUGAGGCGGGAGCUGAAGCUGCUCGAGUCCAUCUUCCACCGCGGCCACGAGCGCUUCCGCAUUGCCAGCGCCUGCCUGGACGAGCUGAGCUGCGAGUUCCUGCUGGCCGGGGCUGGAGGGGCCGGGGCGGGGGCCGCGCCCGGACCGCAUCUGCCCCCGCGGGGGCCGGUGCCCGGGGAUCCCGUCCGCAUCCACUGCAACAUCACGGAGUCCUACCCUGCUGUGCCCCCCAUCUGGUCAGUGGAGUCCGAUGACCCGAACUUGGCCGCUGUCUUGGAGAGGCUGGUGGACAUAAAGAAAGGGAAUACUCUGCUGCUGCAGCACCUGAAGAGGAUCAUCUCCGACCUGUGUAAGCUCUACAAUCUCCCUCAGCACCCAGACGUGGAGAUGCUGGACCAGCCCCUGCCGGCGGAGCAGUGCACGCAGGAGGACUUGUCUUCUGAAGAUGAAGAUGAGGAGAUGCCUGAGGACACGGAGGACCUGGAUCACUAUGAGAUGAAGGAGGAGGAGCCAGCCGAGGGCAAGAAAUCCGAAGAUGACGGCAUCGGAAAGGAAAACUUGGCCAUACUGGAGAAGAUUAAGAAGAACCAGAGGCAAGAUUACUUAAACGGCGCGGUGUCUGGCUCGGUGCAGGCCACUGACCGGCUCAUGAAGGAGCUCAGGGAUAUAUACCGGUCACAGAGUUUCAAAGGCGGAAACUAUGCAGUCGAACUCGUGAAUGACAGUCUGUACGACUGGAACGUGAAACUCCUCAAAGUCGACCAGGACAGCGCUUUGCACAACGAUCUCCAGAUCCUCAAAGAGAAGGAAGGAGCGGACUUCAUUCUCCUCAACUUUUCCUUCAAAGAUAACUUCCCCUUCGACCCGCCGUUUGUCAGGGUUGUGUCUCCCGUCCUCUCCGGAGGGUACGUGCUGGGCGGAGGUGCCAUCUGCAUGGAGCUCCUCACCAAGCAGGGCUGGAGCAGCGCCUACUCCAUCGAGUCCGUGAUCAUGCAGAUCUGCGCCACGCUGGUGAAGGGAAAGGCGCGCGUGCAGUUCGGAGCCAACAAGUCCCAGUACAGCCUGACGAGAGCACAGCAGUCCUACAAGUCCCUGGUGCAGAUCCACGAGAAGAACGGCUGGUACACACCCCCGAAGGAAGAUGGCUAAACCCGGAGAACCGUCCCUCCCUCCUCCCCAGGCACCACUGGACCAAUUCCCUUUGAAUGCUGUAUUCGGAUCUCACGCCGCCUCUGUGGUUCCCUCCCUCGUUUUUCCUGGACGUGAUAGCUCUGCCCUAAUGCAGGACAAUGAUGGCUAUUCUAAACGCUAAGGAAAACAGCAGACACAGACCUGUUCCAAGUACUCCAGACUGACUGACAGACCAACGACCACCUGGCUGGAACCCCUGCUCGCAGGCAUUCUUCUAAAAGAGACUUUCGAGCCUCCUUCUAUUGCUGGAAACUCAGCCGUGCUCCAGACUAGAGCCUCCUUACCUAUGCUAUGGAUUUUUAAUUUAUUUUCUCUUAUUUCAUGUACACUGCUUUUUUUGGUUACAGUGUAUGAUGGAUGUGUAUGAAAAAAAUGUAUCUUUGGGAAAACAAUUACAGUUUGUUAAUUUGAA